AUAGACUUUUAACAAUUUACAUUGGUAUAAAUUUGGUUAAAUUUCAACGAUGAUUUUAUAUGAAGGAUCAAGUCGCUACAAAUUAUAAUAUAUAUAUAUGAAUUAAAUUGUUUCAAGUUUGAAAUAAAAUGGACUAAGUUAUAACUUAUACGAAAUGAUUUUUAGCCGAUCUUUGUUGUUUUAACUAUUAAAAUGGCUAGAGAAACAAAAUUUGAUCAUCUAAUUAAAUCAGUCAAAAUGGCUUUAAUUUCCAUGUAAAAUUUCUACAUUAAAUCUUAACAAAAACCAAAUCUCAUAUUGAACAUAUAAUUCCUUUACAUGUUAUUUCCCUAAAAGAACCAAAGGAAUAAAAGAAAAAAACUAACUAACAAGAAACAAACAACUCUAACAUUUAAGUCCCAAAAAAAAGAGUGGUUUUGAGCCACACUCUUUCUGUUAUAUGUAUAUGCAUUAUUUUCAAUUUACUAAAAAUACACUUCUGAGUUUGUUUUUCAACAUAACUUUCAUAUAAAUACAUGUCAUGAUGGAUAAAAUAUCAAAAAGCCUAAAGCUUCAAGAGAGAGUUAAGAAAAAAGAGAGAUCAGCAAAAAAGUAAUAUGGGCAGCACAAUGAGCUUCGUUUCCUGUCUCAUUAUUGCUUUAGCAUUGGCAGCUGCCAUGGCUACAACUUCAACUGCUUCAACCACCUAUAAGGUUGGAGAUGAUCAGGGCUGGAAGGUUCCCAAGGACGACCCUGCCCAUUACAUGGCAUGGCCUGUCAAUAAGACAUUCACUGUCGGUGACAAACUCGAAUUCACAUGGACGGGCACACAUAAUGUGGCUGAGGUAACAAAGGAAGAGUAUACAAGAUGUGUUGAGGUAAAAACAGUUCAUGAGUUUAGCCCUGUGACAAUCUCUCUUGAUACUCCUGGCCCCAAAUACUUUAUCUGUGCCGUCGUUCCCCACUGCUCGUUUGGGCAGAGGUUAACUAUCGUUGUCGAACCUGAUAGCUCGACAACGCCACCAGCACCAGAACCAACACCAAGCUCUGCUCCCUCUUCACUCCUGGCAAAUUCUUUGUAUGCAGCUAUGCUCACCAUAGUUAGCAUGUUCUUCACUCGUCUGUAAGAAGACUUCAAGAUCUUUUGGCUCAUCUUCAUUAUGUAUUUUAUGUACUGUAACAAUGUAUUGAGAAGUAGGAAAUCCUGGCUAGUGGUAUUUGCCAGCCUGUUCAGUUUCAUUUACCAUUAUUGAAAUAAAAAAUUAACUUUAUUUGUAAAGGAAUUUACAGAAGAUUUCAUAUCAGCAAGUUCCCACACAUGACAUGUUUCUCUUUCCAAUAAUACCUCUAUGAUGUUUACAUCCAUCUU